AUGCAGUUCAAACUCAGCACCAUUGUUAGCCUCCUUGCUGUUGCUUCUCCCGCCCUCGCUGUGGAUGCAGUUAGCAGGAUUGAUAGCUUCACCGUCUUAGCCAAGGACGUGCAAACAACCGCAAACUCCAUUGAACUCACAAACGCCCUAUCGAAGGCAUCUGAUACUAUCGAUCGCUUUUACUUGCUUUCCGAUGCUGAAAGAGUAGCAAAGAAUGAUCUCGUCCGGAAGGGAGAAGCCUUAGCUGCCGACCAACAACAGGCCGCUUGUAACUCAUUCACCAACUACGCUUCCGCUGCCACUGAUAUGCUGAAUACGGUCAAAGAAAAGCAAGUCGAUGUAGAGCUUGUUAGGAAAGGAUACUAG